GGAACGGCGAGCAGCAGCAGCAGCAGCAGCUCCCUCCUCUGGCUAUUCCUCUGCGCCUACCAGACCAUCCAAGCCAUCAUCUCCGAGUUCCUGUCCCCGACCCCACCCAAGUCCGACCGAGAGCUCGGCCGUCCCAAGUUGGCCAUCAUAGGCGCUGGUAUCACCGGUGUCACGGCGGCGGCUCACUGCGUCGGUCACGGCUACGACGUCGUCAUCUUUGAAAAGGGUGAAGAUGAGCAUCAAGUCGGUGGGAUAUGGGCGAAAGUAAACGACACGUCCAGCCUGCAGCUCCACUCCAUGAUGUACAGGUUUCACCCGUCCGUCCAGUGGGACACGGGAUAUCCCAAGAAGCGCCAGAUCUUGGAGCAGGUGCGCAAGAUAUGGAAGACGUACGGCCUCGACCGCAAGACCCGCUUCGGCUUCAAGGUCAGCAAGGUAUACCAAGACGAGCGGGGGCGGUGGAUAAUCAACGACAUCUCCAACGGCCGCUUCGACGGUCUUAUUGCCGCCGUGGGAACCUGUGGUGAUCCCAAGAUGCCUUCUAUGCCUGGUAUGGACAAGUUCAAGGGUGAAAUCUAUCACUCAUCUGACCUUACUGGGAAAAACGCAGAGGGCAAGAAAUUGGCCAUAAUCGGUGGUGGCGCCUCGGCCGUGGAAGCCUUUGAGUUCGCUGCUGCUGCCGGCGCUGCAAAGACGUACAUAGUCUCCCGUUCGGAGAAGUGGAUCAUCCCCCGCAACGUGAUAGUAGACGUGCUCCUGUCGCUCAACAUCUUUGGUCAGGAGACGCUCCUGUCCUUCGUCCCCGAGUUCCUCCUACGCAAGUUCUUCUACCGUGACAUGCAGGCCGUCGCACCACCUGCCGGCUCGGGCAAGGGUCUUUUCACGGACACGCCCAUCGUCAACUCUGACGUCAUGGACCAGCUCCGUAGCGGUCAGGUCGAGUGGGUCCGCGGCGACAUCGACGGCAUAACGGACAAGGGGCUUGCCAUCAACCGUCGCGCCAAGGGCGUGCCCGAGGGCGGCCCCGGACAUGACGAGCACAUCGACGCCGACAUCAUCAUCCUGGCCACCGGCUUCAAGAGGCCGUCGUUGUCAUUCCUCCCAGAAGAGUGCUUCGUCGAGCCUUACGCCCCGCCGAGCUGGUACAUCCAGACCUUCCCGCCCGUCCACCCCUCCGUCAGCGCCAUCAACUGUACCUUUGUCUCCGCCAUUGGAUCCGUCGGCAACUGGCACAUAGGCAUCUACACCCGCGUCCUGCUGAUGUUCCUCUCCGACCCGCUCACCCGCCCCGGUCCAUUCUGGAUGCGUCGCUGGAUCGACAUGACGCGACUCCUGAAGGCUACCAGUCCCACUGCUGCCUUCGACUUCAUCACCUACCUGGAGCUUGUGUGGUGGUUCGCCUUCUGCGUUGCCUUCAACCCCUUCCGCUGGAAAUGGGCCCUCUUUGUCUUUCUGGGCAUAGGUAUCGGUCUGCCCAAGUCUGUCGUCGAUCAUGAGAGAAAGAUCUUGGGCAGUCGUAUCAAUGAGGACGACGACAAGGGUGUUAGUAUCUAA